AUGGGGCUUAAGAAGUUCUUCACCCCCCCUACUGUUCUACCUCUCCUAAGGCUCCUUACUUUGAUCCUUGUUGCCAUUGGAACCGUUAUUAUUGCCACCAAUUCAAUUGACAUCGGGUAUUGGAACCUCACAUAUAGAUACUACACUACCUAUAGAUAUGUGUUCACAGUAGGGGUCAUAGUAUGUAUAUACACCGUUAUUCAGUUGCCCUUCGCCACAGUUUAUGCCAUCACCGGAAAGCAGUUACUUCCCGAUGGAUUCACAACCUAUCUGGACUGCAUAUUGGAUACUGUGUCAUGCUUUAUGUUAUCGAUCGCGGCUUUUGUGAACAUGGCGGUUUCUGCAGAGCUUCGGAAAACAUGGGACGAAUCGCCAAAAUUUUCCGAUUUUUUCAAUGUUAUGAAAAUUUCAGCGGGGUUGCUCUUCAUGGGAUUUCUUUGCAUGGUCCUACUGUGUGCUUUCUCAGCUGUAAAACUAGCACGGAGAACUAUGAAUGCCCCACAAGAAUAA